AUGCCUCAUGCCCGGGUGGCAGGGCUCGGUAAGGUAACCGGCCUCCUGGGCUCCGACGGCAGUACCGUAUCUGUUGGUCUAUCUCCACUUCAGCUGUAUGUAUGCGUACCAUUCAAUACCAACGCAGUUCUACCAUAUAUGUCUAUAGCUACACCCGUACAGUUGUCUACUGGUGGCAAGCUCUGUAUGAUAGCGGAUAGCGUGGGCUCGGAAGGCAGCGCCACCGGGGUGGAUCUAUCGGCCCACCGCCUAUAUACCUGUCGGGCCAUAGUAAAGAAGUACAACCAUAAGAACAUCCGCUUGUACCUCGACGACGGUACGAAAUUCCAGACCC